ACAACAAAACAAAAUAAGAAAACCUAAGUCGGUCGGAAUUGGGAUUUAUAACUUUUGGAAAGGUUUGUUUUAUUUUAUUUUCUUGGCCUUCAAGUCUAUCUCGGGAAAACAGAGAGCCGUGAAAAUCUAUAUAAAGGAAAGCCUCAAUCACUUCACUCACAAAUUAACUCUUUUAGUAACAAAUAUUUGCUCUGCUCGUCGGCAAGCAACUUCACUUUCAAUCCGCUCUCCGUGUUCCCGCUCUGCUUAAUCUUUAAGCAAUCUCAAUCGGCGCUUUUGUUCCUGCUGUGCGUAAUUUUGAGGAACCCCAAUUGGUUAAUUCAAUCACCAGCAUUAUUACAACUAUAUCGUUUACUUGAUUGUUCGUUAGCUCGUUGGAUUGUGUAACCCUAGCCGACUCAAGAAUCUUAUCAUUUGGAGAUCUAGUUGAUAGAGAAGGACUGCUUCUGUAAUAUUAUUUUGGUAUAAGUUGACUCUCUAUUCAUUAUGUUUGUAUUCAGUAUUUCAGUAGGCCUCUUGUAUUCUUGACAGAAAGUUUGCUUCGUCAUUAUUGUUCGAUUAUUUCAGUUAUGGCAGUUUAUUUCAAGUGUAAAAGUGCUAGAGAUUAUGAUUCUAUUCCAAUUGUCAAUCAGUUUAUUUCUGUUGCCAACUUGAAAUUAAGAAUUUUCGGAUCGAAGCGUUAUGGUAGGGGUAAAGAUUUUGAUCUUCUUAUUACCAAUUCACAAACUAACGAAGAUUAUGUUGAUCAAGCUGCUUUGAUUCCUAAAAAUACUCGUGUUUUGGUUCGUCGGCUUCCUGGGCUACCUCGCUUGCCCAUUGUAAUUCCACCCCUUACAGAGUCAAAUCUAGUCUGUGAGGAAGUGGUGGCGGUUCAUUCAGUAAAAAAUGACUCUUUAGAUUUUGAUUGCGAUGAUUUUGGGGAUGAUGUUUAUGCAAUUCCAAAAAUAUUGUCAGUUCAAUCAGGUAAGUCUGUGUCAAGUGCACCCACUAUUAGUAUAACUGAUGAAGACAUUAAGGUUAAGAAUGUAAUCAAUACUCCAGACUCUGGGCAGUUCUCUAAUGGCUAUGGCUUUGGUCGACAUGGAAUGGAAUGGAGAAGACCACCAUCUGGCUACGUGUGUCAUCGAUGCAAUGUGCCUGGGCAUUACAUUCAGCACUGCCCUACAAAUGGCGACCCCAAUUAUGAUAUCAAGAAAGUGAAGCUGCCAACGAAGUCCAUGUGGAUGGCAACCCCAAGUGGCAGUGUUGGAGUUUCCAAGUCCAAUGUUGAGGGGCUGUCGUCUUCCACCUCUUCUUCUUCGAUAAAGAGUUCCUUUAGAGAUAUACCACCAGAGCUUCAUUGCCCUUUGUGUAAAGGAUUAAUGAAAGAUUCAGUUAUAGCAAGCAAAUGUUGUUUUAGUAGUUUCUGUGAUAAAUGCAUAAGGAAUCAUAUUAUCUCCAAUUCUGUUUGUGCGUGUGGGGCUAGAAAUAUACUUGCUGAUGCCCUCUUGCCUAACGUCACUCUAAGGGUCACAGUGAACAGAAUCUUGGAGUCCAGUAACAGUAGUUCAGAGCAUGGGGUUAGUGCUCCUCAAGUUCCAGAUGUGGUGUCAGCACACAAUACCCUGCCUAAAAUAUCAUUCCCAUCAGAGUGUGCAGCUUUGAAGGUAAAGGUAUUAAAGACUUCAGAAGAGUGUCCACUGACUGUCGAUGAAAUGCAGCAAAAGCCCACAGGAGGGGAAGCUGUAAAGAUGAAAAGGAAGAAACCAUGUGAUGUUGAUGCUGUAAACAUGCAAUGGGGAGUUGCACGAGACCAUGUUGUUGCUGAGAAUUACAUGCUUACCUAUCAUCCUUAUAGCACAGGCAUGCAGUACAUGAGCUAUGGCCUUCAUGUCUUACCACAGCAACAUGUUGAAACUAGUAAAGCAGGUCUGAAAAGGAAGCGCGAGAUGAGUGUUGAGCUUUCUAGUGUAAUAACUUGUUGAGGGUGAAAAUAUUUCACUUUCUGUAAUGUCUCCAGAUUCAAAGAUUGUUUAUAUCAGUAAAUUCAGAUUUA